AUGCAUUCCAAUGCAACAUGGUCAAAGGAUGGUAUCACUGUUGCUGGAGGAAAUGGACGAGGCAGUGAAACCAAUCAACUCUAUGACCCAAGUGGUUUGUACGUCGAUGAUGAUCAAACGAUUUACGUCGCUGAUUGGGGAAAUCAUCGUAUUGUACAAUGGAAAUAUGGUGCAACAAAUGGAAAAGUAGUUGCUGGUGGAAAUGGAGAAGGAAAUGGAGCUCAUCAAUUAAACUACCCACGAGAUGUGAUUAUCGACAAAGAGAGCGAUAGUCUCAUCAUCAGCGAUAGUUGGAAUGACAGAGUAGUUCGAUGGCCUCGUCGAAAUGGUACUCGUGGAGAAACAAUUAUUUCAAAUAUCGCUUUCUUUGGUUUGACAAUGGAUGACAAUGGUUCUCUCUAUGUCGUUGACAUUGGAAAACACGAAGUGAAACGAUAUAAAAUUGAUGAUACUCAAGGAACAGUAGUUGCAGGUGGCAAUGGAAAAGGAAAUUGUCUCUAUAAACUCUCUAAUCCUCGCUACGUCUUUGUCGAUCGAGAUCAUUCAGUAUAUGUGUCUGAUUCUGGAAAUAGUCGUGUAAUGAAAUGGGAAGAAGGUGCAAAACAAGGCGUUGUUGUAGCCGGCAGUCAAGGACACGGAAAUAGUCUUACACAAUUGUAUUGUCCUAAUGGAGUCGUUGUCGAUCAAUUGGGUACUGUCUAUGUGGCUGAUUCUCGGAAUCACAGAAUCAUGCGUUGGCCAAAAGGAUCUACACAAGGAAGUGUCAUUAUUGGUGGAAACGGACAAGGAGCACAGUCGAAUCAACUCAAUUGGCCCAUAGGUUUAUCAUUCGAUCGACAUGGUAAUCUCUAUAUCGUCGAUCAGAGAAAUCAUCGAGUACAAAAAUUUAAUAUUGAAUAA